AUUACAGGUAGUGAAAUUGAAAAAAAAUUGUAUCAACAAAUUGGGGUACCUGAACUGGUUCAAAGACUCUUAGCCCAACGUUGUGUUUGCUUUAUAGGAGGUGGUGACAGCUUUUUAUUGCUAAAUAAUAUAAAAAGUUUCGAUGGCUUUGAAGAAGUUGGUACAGUCAAGGAAAAGCUACCUUUAACUUUACAGAAUGUAUUGAGCUAUGAUGAAAUCAAACUCUCGGCACUUUUAUCAGUUUCUUCACAUUCCGAAUUUAUAAAUAAUGGAAAUCGCAACAAUAAUGGUCGAGUCGAAAUCGAUAAAUCAAAAAUAGUGCCAUGUGGUGUAAUAAUUGGUUUAAUAGGUGCACGUUUCGAACGUAAAAAUGUUAUGGAAUGGCAAGAUGUUAUGAUCACGCCUGAACAAAAUACUUUUCAAAAUGGUUAUGGUUUACCGAUGAAUGAAGCACCUAAAAAUGGAGCAGAAAAUUACAGACGCCUAUGGAAAGAAUUUUAUGAUGAAAAAGAUUUUGAAUAUGAAAAAGCUGCAAAAAUAACAGAUAAACAACGAUUCCAUGAUAUGGAAGAUAUUGCUGGCAUUUUUGACAAUCUCAUGCUAAAAAAACGCUAUACAAUUUCCUUUGAUACUCUCUUACUAGACAGUAACAGUAGAGCAGCAGCAAUCAAUAAACAGGCUUACAUACAUGUAGUUGGAAUCGGACUUGGAGUUUGGAAAGCUGUCGACUAUCAGAAUAAACUUUUUUUGAAAACAUUUUCACAACGCUUAAAGGUGUUGAUGCCAAAACUGUCAAAUGUUGCUGCAGUACAUUUUUCAUGGUUCCACUUGGAUGAGUUUGAGGACUUGAAAAAUAAUGGUUUCUUAAAAUCGGAAGCUCAUCCAAACGGUGGUAUUAAAAUUUUUCUUUCAGAUCGUAAUCCUGCUGCAAAAUUGCCUUCCGAAUUCACAAACUCGCUUUUGGUGGUAUCGUACGCUUGGGAUGGUAAUGCUUUUCCUGGAAAUGAAUUUUGGAUUAAAAUGCUAAAUAGUACCGGAGAUGCUUCAACUGCUUGCAGUACUCUUAUCACCGAACUGCACAAUCCAUUGAUUAAUUGUGAAAUGGUUAAUGGAGAAAAUCUUCAUAUUGCAUCAGAGGAAUUUGGUAUUAUACAUUUGGGAGAAUAUGCAAAAAAAAUUUUAGAGCAAAAGUGAAAAUUUUAAUAUAUUUUUAUAAUAUAAAUUA